AAAGCCGUCGAUUGGAGAGGAGAUUUCACUCACAGAGCUCAGCAUUAGCUUCAGCGGUGGUGCUUCUGUCGUUUAUCUGCGUGUCCUGCACAGCUGCAGAGAGUACAGUGAGAUGAUUGAACUGGGCUCAGUGGAGGAGGGCAGCAGUCUGAUAGAGGAGCUCAUAGAGUUAACAUCACAAAGUGUAUGCAGGCUGGAGAUUAAAGAACAUUUCAACAUUAUUAAAGAGAUCGGCCGGGGCAAGUAUGGCCGUGUGCUGCUGGUCACCCACCGGUGUAAAGGAACGCCAAUGGCCCUGAAAGUGUUGCCCAAAGCUUCGACCAAACUGCAAUGUUUCCUGAGAGAAUAUUGCAUCUCACUGCUGCUGUCCUGUCAUCCCUGUAUCGUGGGCCUGUUCGGCAUCGCCUUUCAGUCAAACGAGCACUACGGGUUCGCUCAAGAGCUGGUCGUGGGUCGAGAUCUGUUCGCCAUCAUUCAGCCACGGGUGGGCAUCUCAGAAUGUGCAGUCAAACGCUGUGCGGUCCAAAUCUCCAGCGCUCUCGAGUUCAUCCACCAGCGUGGCCUGGUGCACCGCGAUAUCAAACCCGAGAACAUUCUCCUGCUGGACAACCACUGCCAGCGAGUCAAACUGGCUGAUUUCGGCCUCACCCAGAGACACGGAACCUUCAUCCGUUACAUAUCGGGCACGCUGCCGUAUAUGGCCCCGGAGCUGUGCGCCAUGGUCCUGGAGGAAGGCCAGACGGAGGUGAAAGCUCCUCCACUCAGCGUGCAACCUAGUUUAGACACAUGGGCGUUUGCCGUUCUGCUUUUCUGUAUUCUCACUGGGUUCUUUCCUUGGGAGCGCUGCGAUGACAGCGACGAUUUCUACGAGGAGUUCGCAGAUUGGCGCAGGGUGCCCGACACGACCUCCGUGCCAUCUCAGUGGAAAAGGUUCACUCCCAUGUGCAUGGAGAUGUUUAAAAGGAUGUUAGUGCUGGAUGCCAGUGAGAGGUGCUCGGUAUGGGAGGUCAAAGGUUAUGUGGGUAAGGACUGGGUCAGAGCGAAGGACAUCAACGGAUGGGUCGGGGAAAACGGGGAGGUCGGUACCCGCACACCGAGUCCUUGCAGAAGCAGCCACAGUGGUGAAUAAUGAGUCAUGCGAUUCAUGGAACAGCAAGAUUUGGUGCUUCCGGUACAAAACUGGUUCCUUUUUAUUAUCAAUACAUAACCUCCUGACUUUCUUUUCUAUUAGAGAAAUGUAUAGAUUUGUGUACAUAGUGUCAAAGCUUUAAAAAAUCUUUCACUUCGCCAUUUAUGACCUUUUCUUGCAACCCCGUUCAUUCAUCAUUCACACGCAUACAGAAAAUAGCUCUUCAACCUUCUCUGUCAAACUUUCAAUAAUCUCCUGGCAUCUGUUACAGUUGGUGAGGUAUUGAUGGAUCCUGACGUGGUGUUUGUUUUGGUCACGCUCCAGAGAGACUGUCCCGGUGGGGUGUCUUCAUUCUGGAGGUCAGGGGGUGAUGUGGCUGAACUCCUGAGCGCAGCAGCUCCUUUUGCUAUGCUGCAUAUUUAGGGAGUUACACUUACCAAGAUUGUGUUACCUCCAUCCCAGGGUGGCCCACACACUUAUCAUCAAAGGUCUUCAUAACUAAAUCCCACACUGAAAAAAAUUACUUAAGAAUGACUAGAAUUUACUUAAUAAAAUCUUUGUAACAAUUUGCAAGUUUUUUUAAUCGAU